GGAGCUAGGAGAGCCCCAGCAGCCUGCCCACUCACUUGAGAUUUGCCAGACCUGGCCAGCAUGGUUGUCCUGACUCCAAUGACUUUGGGAAUUUAUCUCCAACUCUUCUUCCGCUCCAUCGUAUCUCAGCCGACUUUCAUCAACAGUGUCCUUCCAGUCUCAGCAGCCCUUCCUGGCCUGGAUCAGAAGAAGCGGGGCAGCCACAGAGCAUGCUGCCUACUGAUACCGCCGCCACCCCCGCUGUUCCCACCACCCUUCUUCAGAGGCAGCAGAAGCCCGCUUCUCUCUCCAGACAUGAAGAAUCUUCUGGAACUUGAGGCCUCACCAUCACCCUGCAUUCAAGGCUCACUCGGCUCUCCUGGGCCCCCUGGUCCCCAGGGUCCACCCGGGCUUCCUGGCAAGACAGGACCAAAGGGAGAAAAGGGGGAUCUUGGCCGCCCAGGAAGGAAGGGUAGACCUGGACCCCCAGGUGUUCCUGGCAUGCCCGGACCCGUUGGCUGGCCAGGCCCUCAAGGACCCAGGGGUGAAAAAGGUGACCUGGGUAUGAUGGGCUUGCCAGGGUCAAGAGGACCAAUGGGCUCUCAGGGCUUCCCUGGAUCCAGAGGGGAAAAGGGAUCCAGAGGUGAAAGGGGUGACUUGGGUCCCAAAGGAGAAAAGGGUUUCCCUGGAUUUCCUGGAAUGCUGGGGCAGAAAGGUGAAAUGGGUCCAAAGGGAGAACCCGGGCUCGCAGGACACCGAGGCCCCACCGGGAGACCAGGAAAACGAGGCAAACAGGGUCAGAAGGGAGACAGUGGAAUCAUGGGCCCACCAGGCAAGCCUGGGCCUACUGGUCAACCUGGUCGUCAAGGUCCUCCAGGGCCCCCAGGUGCCCCAUCUGCAGGACAACUUGUAAUGGGACUGAAAGGAGAGAGAGGAUUCCCAGGGCCUCCAGGAAGAUGUCUUUGUGGACCUCCCGUGAACGUGAACAACCCCUUGCACUCGGACUCCAUGUAUGGGCCGGGCUCCCCGAGAGUUCCUGCGAUUUUUGUGGUCAACAACCAGGAGGAGCUGGAGAAGCUGAACACUCAGAAUGCCAUCGCCUUUCGCAGAGACCAGCGAUCGUUGUACUUCAAAGACAGCCUUGGCUGGCUCCCCAUCCAGCUGACCCCUUUCUACCCUGUGGGUUACACUGUAAACCAGCGUGGUACCUGUGGGGAUGGCAUCUUGCAGCCUGGGGAGGAGUGUGACGACGGUAACCGUGAUGUGGGGGACGACUGCAUUGACUGUCACCGGGCCUACUGUGGGGACGGUUACCAGCACCAGGGCGUGGAAGACUGUGACGGCUCUGACUUUGGCUACCUGACAUGCGAGACCUAUCUCCCUGGGUCGUACGGAGACCUUCGCUGCACCCAGUACUGCUACAUCGACUCCACACCCUGCCGUUACUUCACGUGAGGGGCUUGAGGAACAGGUGGGCUGCAGCCCAUGUAACUGGCGGCUGUAUCUCUGCCCCACACAUCAUGCUGGCCUUACCCUCUCCUGGGCCAGUGUCCACUGACCUUCAUGCGACAAAACAAGGAUACAUUCUUGCUGCUAAGACAUGCUUUUGACUCAGUUUGACUGGAAGAGUUUUGGACCACUGCAUCCUGUCUUAAUUAAAAGAACCAGAAACCUUCUACAUGUCCACCCUGGAGACUGCCCUGCCCCCCCACAUCUGGCUAAACAGCUGGCUGUAAUGCCUUAUCUCCUCUGGAAAGAUGCUGGCUCAGGCCAUGGACUUGGCUUAGCACUGUUAGACAAUGGGAAGGGCAGGGCUCAUGCAUUUUGUUCUGCUCUCAUCUGGCUUUGGGAGUGCUGGUGCACAGGCUUCUGCACCCUUCAGACCUCCGAGCACAGCUGCUCUCACCCAAGGCAGCCAGCUGUGAGGUCUCUCAAGAUUUAAGAACCACAAAAGAGGAGGUGAGCAGAUGCUCUUGGUGCAGCUCCCAGCUUCAGACUUGCUGAGGAGGGACCCUGCAACUGGCCAGAACCCCAUCACCUUCAUGUGAAGUCAGAGGUACUGAGAAAGCCACAAGAUCCAAGCUCACUCCCAAGAAAAAGGUGGAGACUCAGUCGAGUCCCUUGCCAUGUGAACCAUAUCAGAACAGAAACCUUCCUCCUCUUGAUGUUCUCAAAGGGACAGUGGUUAUAGCUUCAAAUCCCAGGUGCCAUCUUGGCCUCUGUCUUGACAGUGCCCUUCACAACCAUGUUCUGUGUGGGAAACGCACUCCACACACCCUGACCAGGGCAGGUGCUGGUGUUUUCUCAUGCUGGUUUCCCUGGUCUAGGGCUCCACUGCUGAGUCCUUGCUGCCUGCUGGAAGGGCCCUGUGACCCUCUUCCACGCCUGUAUCUUGCACACCAUUGUGUUUACCCCUGUGUGCCUGACCUCUUCCUUUUUCCUGGGGAUUCAUUUCUCCUUAACCCUGCAUACCCGAGAACUGUCUUCCCCACAUUUCCUGAGUGGGGUUUGGCUCUAUUUUGGAAAGACAUUUCUUUUUGUCCCCCACCCCAAUACACACACCUACCUUGUCACCACAUAGGCUGCCUCCUGGGCUGUUAUACAAGCUCUUCAGUGAGCCUAAGCCUUGGGAACUCGGCAGGCAGCCUCUUACCCAGCAAGUCAGAACUGUGAACUGUAUUUCCUGAGAGAAAUCAGCUGAAGGCCGUGUCUUCGAAGGCAGGCAUUUAUGCUAUUUACAUUACUAUUCUGGGGCUUCUGGGUGGGCAAGCAAGGAAUAAAGGUGAUUCCUGGCUGUA